AUGGCACCCCUGAAGCAGGCGGAGACCUUGAGCGACGCCAACCUCAGAAGACACCUGCUCCUCAUCACACUCCCGUGCAAAGAGAUCUUGUGCAAAGCCAGGCACAAAGUCCGCAGCCCUAACCUGCUCGUGGUACUCCCAAAUUUCAAGGAAGUCCUAAACCUCAUCACAAUCAUGGCAUUCCUGAAGCAGGCGAAGCCCUUGAGCGACGCCAACCCCAGAAGACACCUACUCCCACCCCCACUCCUGCACAACGAGACCUUGAGCAACGCGAUGCACCUACUCAAAUACCUAAACAACGACAUGUUAAGCAACGCGAGUCACCUAGUCAAGUCCCUGCGGUUUCAACCCCCAAAUUCGGUGCAGGCGAAACUUGGUCCAUUGCAAACGCGACUCGUCAUUGUUCAGCGGACAACUCUGGCUGCGAUUACGAAUUUGAUGUCACUAUUGGUGGUGUCAAAACCACCGCACUCGAUCGACUUCAAACGAUUACAGCUACGCACCAACUUCGCAAUCGCAACACCACUCCCGGCGUUUGCAGUAAACGUUCUUUUCAACAUGUUUCCAGCUCUUGAAAUACUGAGAUUUCUUAUAGGCACCAUUGCCGGCCUUGCUGGCGCGUACAUUGCCUUCGUCCUUCUUCUCACAAUCCCAGCAGUGCAAGAUCACGUGAUCUUCCUGCAUCGUGUAACCCGUACAUGGGGCCUAGAUGUCAAUGUCCCGGAGCAAUGGGGGUUCCUCCGUAACCAGGUUACACCAUUCCAGCUCAAGACGCUGGACGGGGAGACCUUGCAUGCCUGGCACGUACUACCGCUAGAGACGUACCGCAAGCACCAAGUGCAGCUUCGUGAAGAGCCAACGGGCCUUUGUUCAGGCAUGCAGAAGCGAACUUCGUUCCGGCUACUGAAGGAAGAUCCGACUGCACAGCUAGUCCUCUACUUGCAUGGAGCAGCUGGUACACUAGCAAGUGGGCUUCGACCAGAAAGCUACCGUGCUUUGAGUGCGGCGGCAAACAACAUCCAUGUGAUUGCUGUUGAUUAUCGAGGGUUUGGCCAAAGUACAGGAUGGCCGUCUGAAUUCGGGGUGCUUACAGAUGCACUGGCACUGUUUAACUUUGCUACAGAGACGGCGGGCAUAUCGCCAGAUCGGAUUGUCGUAUUUGCUCAGUCGAUGGGUACCGCGGUAGCAAUAUCACUCAUUCACCAUUUGGCUAUGCAGUCUUCCCCAACCUUCUUCGCAGGCGUCGUGUUGGUGGCGCCCUUUGCAGACGUAGAGUCGCUUACAAGGACUUACAAGGUUGCUCGUACCGUCCCGCUUCUCUCACCUCUUGGCGUAUUCCCGCCAAUGAUGACUCUACUCAAUAAGUUCAUCGUAACGAAGUUUCCUUCGAAGGAGCGGCUGGCGGCGCUUAUCCGGCACUUUGAAUCUUGCAAGAUUGACUUCCGGAAGCAGAAAUACGAUAUCACGCUAAUCCACGCCAUGGAUGACGCUGAUAUCCCAUACAGCCAUUCCAAUGUUCUGUUCUGGCACGCAGUCAACGCCAUACUUUCGCCAACUACAACUAAGACGUUUGAGGAAUUAGAAGAGAUAAAAGAGAAAGAGAAGACGCCUCUUGGAGCUGGAGGCUGGACCAUGGAAUGGAAAGGCAAGGCAGGCAUUAUCCGCGAGCAAAUCCUUCAGCAUGGUUUACACGAUCGCAUCAUGAGCUAUCCAGUCGUGAGCCUAGCCGUCUCGGAGGCUCUGCAUGGACGGCCCACCUUUCGGGAAUAG